AUGGAAGGCGAUGAAAAUGAUCCCACGGAAAUAGUAGUGGAAAACAUAAUUACUCGAGACGAUGCUAGUGAAAAUAAUCCCGGAAUUGAUGCAAAACACAUAGAUUAUGAUAUCCAUACAAAUUGUCGCAUUUUCUGUUCAGAUUAUGGCGAAGAAAAAGCGUUUGAGACUCAUAAUUUAACAAAUAAAUCUUUAGGUGAUUUUCUACAUAAAAAGAGACCAGAAGGAGGCAAAGUUCGGUGGAUCAAUGUUGAUGGAAUCUCUUGGGACGUGAUAAAAGAACUUGCACUUCGUUACGAUUUACAUCCUUUAUGUGUAGAAGAUAUCAUUCAAUGUUCUCAACGUAAAAAAUAA